CGGCGGGGGGGCGGGACUUCCGUCGCGGCCGCAAGCGGACGGAGGGCGCCAUGGCGUCGGCCUAGGCGCGGCCUUCGGCUCCCCGCGCCGGGCCCUGCGCCGGGCCCGCAGGUAUUAAAUAAAAUAUGCUGUUGUCAAUAGGAAUGCUGAUGUUGUCUGCCACUCAGAUAUACACUAUUUUGACUGUUCAGUUAUUUGCUUUCCUGAAUCUUCUACCUGUGGAGGCAGAUAUUUUAGCAUAUAACCUUGAAAAUGGAACCCAGACCUUUGAUGAUCUGCCUGCUAGGUUUGGCUACAGGUUGCCAGCAGAAGGCCUGAAGGGAUUUCUAAUAAAUUCAAAACCAGAGAAUGCCUGUGAGCCUAUAGCUCCGCCUCCACUGAGGGACAACUCCUCGGGUGCUUUUAUUGUGUUGAUUCGAAGGCUUGAGUGCAACUUUGAUGUCAAGGUUUUAAAUGCACAGAAAGCUGGAUACAAGGCAGCUAUAGUUCACAAUGUUGAUUCGGAUGACCUCAUAAGCAUGGGAUCCAACGACAUUGAGGUUUUAAAGAAGAUUGACAUUCCUUCUGUCUUUAUUGGUGAGACAUCAGCUAAUUCUCUUAAAGACGAGUUUACUUACGAGAAGGGUGGUCAUGUUGUGUUAAUUCCAGAGUUCAGUCUUCCUUUGGAGUACUACUUAAUCCCUUUCCUAAUAAUAGUAGGGAUCUGUCUUAUCCUCAUUGUCAUAUUUAUGAUCACAAAAUUUGUGCAAGACAGACACAGAGCAAGAAGGAAUCGGCUUAGGAAGGAUCAGCUUAAGAAACUUCCUGUUCAUAAAUUUAAGAAAGGAGAUGAAUAUGAUGUAUGUGCCAUUUGCCUGGAUGAAUAUGAGGAUGGAGACAAGCUCAGAAUCCUUCCUUGUUCUCAUGCUUAUCACUGCAAGUGUGUGGACCCAUGGCUGACAAAAACAAAAAAAACAUGUCCUGUGUGUAAGCAGAAAGUGGUUCCUUCUCAGGGGGACUCUGACUCUGAAACAGACAGUAGUCAAGAAGAGAAUGAAGUAUCUGAAAAUACUCCUUUGCUUAGACCACUAGCCUCAGUUAGUACUCAGUCAUUUGGGGCUUUGUCAGAAUCUCAUUCCCAUCAGAACAUGACUGAGUCCUCAGAAUAUGAGGAAGAUGACAAUGACAAUAUUGAUAGCAGCGAUGCAGAAAAUGGAGUGAAUGAAGAAAGUGUAGUGGUUCAACUACAGCCCAGUGAUGAAAGGGAGUACAGAGUGGCAAAUACUGUUUAAGACUACUAAUAAUGAAUAGUGUAUGAACAAAAAGAAUUCUUAAGGCUAUACUUUACAAACCUUUACGUAGGGAAUAUAUUUUAAUCUGUAAUCCAUUUGGUUUCUUCAGUAGGAGCAGCAGUUCAUGUAGUAGUACUAUGGUUAAAUCGUUGCAGAUAGUUUUAUUUUUGAUUCAGGUAUUCAGUCACACAUCUGUCGUCUCAAAAUGAACAGUCUAACCGGACUUCACUAUGCUAAUAAAUAAUGUUAAUAGUUUAUAUCAAUAGAAGUAUCACACAGACUCUAAAUGUAUGUUGUUGACAUGGGAUCUGGAAGUAAUUUUUUCUCCAUUUUGUAGCUAUGACUGGGUCAUACUGAUAGCAAUAUUUAUUACAUGUAUGGUAUGUGUUACCCCUUAAGCCCAAGAAAAAAAAAGUAUUUGCAUGUUUCUAUAGACUUCUAAAAACUGUCACCACUACUGAAAGAAAAAUGUAGAACGGAUCAAUAUUCUGUAUGCUGGUAUAUCAAAACAAGGCAAAGGAAAUUCCACUUCUGUCUCAAAGCAGUGAGUCUAACUUGUCUCGUGGAGUUUGCCACAGUAGCUGAGUUUAAGCAGUUCCAUUGAGCAAUUCCUAGAAUAGGGAAACUUAGACUUUAUGUUCAGUUUUGAGCAAUCCACAAGGUAAGAUCCACCAGAAGCACAUCACUUACCCCUGCCUGCUAUUUGAUGCAGAUUGAUUCGCAGUGAUGAAGGGGAAGUUGGGGAGGGGUGUGUGUGACCAAAACAGAGGUUUUGUUCCACAUAGAGAAAUAAUUUAGGUAAGUAUUCUAUUGAUCCUCAACUCGUAUACCUCUUACUCAAGAGCAUUUUAUGCUGCAUUAGUCUGCUAAAGUAUGUAUAUAGAAAAAAAAAUCUUUUCAAAUACCUGAUUUGGAAACAAGUGCUUAUAACUGUUUAACAGAACUCAGUACUUACCAGUGUAUCAUGAAAACAGCAAAUGCUAUAUAAUACCUCUGUAACUAUGUAGAAAGUAAAAACAUAGCAUAUAAUCAAAAUGCAGAGAUUUUUUUAUAUGGCCUUGAAUAAGGAAAGCUUGAAAGAAUGUUAAUAAAUAAUGUUUUCCACUUUAAAUAUCAAAAGGAUUUUAUUGAUCUUUUGCUUCAAUUCAUUGUGUACUCUUCUGUUUUUACUACUAAGGUUAAAAUAUUUUUGAAUAUCCAGAACAUCAGCUUGCUGAUAUCCCUUGGUAAACAUCAACCCAUGUUGUGCUGUGUGUCCCAGGACAGAGUAUUGCCCUGAUAAGCACUACAUGCAGAAAGACUUUGGAAAAUUAACGUUUUGUAUGUAACCUAACUUUGAGUUUGAGGAGAAGUUUGGAUCGGUCUAGGUCUGUACACAUAAUGUGGAUUUACAUGUAAUAAAUUUGGAUUUUGUAAUUUUGAUAAAAUUUGGA